CGCCGCUGGGAACUCGCGAAAGCUUCGCCUCUUUUGAGAAGCUCCACCCCCACGCCCCGCCCCGCCCCCGUCCCCUGCUCCAGCCUUCUAGUCUCCCGCGCCGCGCUUGCUGCUCCCUGCUGCCUGCUGCUAGUGUCUUUGCGCUAGGAGGGGAGCCUGGUGGUGGUUCUGGGCGGCUAGCGCGGCGCGUUCGGCGAGCAUAUGGUGGGCAUUGGGCGGGGGAAGGAGGAGGGAGAGGACGAGCGGGAGCGGCGGUAGAUUUGGGAGGAGGACGGAGGAGGGGAUGGGGGGCAAGUACUGCGGCGCGAGGAAGAAGAGGGGAUGGAGGGGGCUGGUGGCGGCGGCGUGGGUGUUGCUGGCGGUGGCGUGCUCGGCGGCGAUGCACUGGCACCUGCGCCGGGAGAGCUUGGACCGCGCCGAGGAGCGGCUCGUCAGCAUGUGCGAGGAGAGGGCCAGGAUGCUGCAGGAGCAGUUCGGGGUCACCGUCAAUCACGUCCACGCGCUCGCAAUUCUCAUCUCCACAUUCCACUUCGAGAAGUUCCCCUCCGCCAUCGACCAGGAAACUUUUGCAAAAUACACGGGAAGGACAUCAUUUGAGCGGCCACUGCUGACUGGUGUGGCAUAUGCUCAGCGUGUUUUCCAUCAUGAGAGGGAAAUGUUUGAAAGCCAGCAGGGAUGGAUUAUGAAUACGAUGAAGCGGGAGCUUGCACCUCCCCAAAUUGAAUACGCCCCAGUGAUUUUCUCCCAGGAUACGGUUUCCUACCUUGCACGCAUCGACAUGAUGUCUGGAGAGGUAAGAUUACUUCUACAUGAUGGUUCAUCGUACUCACCUGCUAACAGAUAUCUUGGUGGAGCCUUUGAUGUGGAGUCACUUGUGGAGAAUUUGCUGAGCAAACUAGCUGGCAAUCAAGAUAUUGUGGUGAAUGUCUACGAUGUCACAAAUGCUUCGGAAGCUAUGGUUUUGUAUGGACCUCCAAGUUUGGAUGAUCAAGUGCCCCUCUUGCAUGUUAGCAUGCUGGAUUUUGGAGAUCCAUUUAGGAAGCAUGAAAUGAGGUGCAGGUAUAGAGAAAAGCCUCCUAUGCCGUGGUCGGCCAUCACUAAUCCUUUGGGCACGUUUGUCAUAUGGAUGCUUCUGGGGUAUAUCAUUUGUGCUGCGUGGUCUCGAUAUGACAAAGUUUCAGAAGAUUGUAGAAAGAUGGAAGAACUCAAAACUCAGGCAGAAGCUGCUGAUGUCGCGAAGUCUCAGUUCCUGGCAACUGUAUCACAUGAGAUCAGAACACCUAUGAAUGGCGUCCUUGGAAUGCUGGAUAUGCUUUUGGGAACAGAUCUGACCAUGACUCAGAAGGAUUAUGCUCAGACCGCACAAAUGUGUGGCAGAGCAUUGAUAACACUGAUAAAUGAUGUCCUUGAUCGAGCAAAGAUUGAAGCUGGAAAGUUAGAGCUUGAGGCUGUGCCUUUUGAUCUGCGCUCUCUCAUGGAUGAUGUUAUUUCCUUGUUUUCUUCAAAGUCGCUGGAGAAGUGCAUAGAGCUUGCAGUAUUUGUAUGUGAUGAUGUUCCAAAGGUUGUUCUUGGGGACCCUUGGAGGUUUCGACAGAUAUUGACAAAUUUGGUGGGCAAUGCAGUCAAAUUCACAGAACGGGGUCAUGUAUUUGUUCGGGUCUGUUUGGCUGAGAACUCAAAUGUGGAAGCUAAUCAGGUCAUACAUGGAACCAUGAAUGGGAAAGAUGGUAAAAUUGAGUCAACAGCUAAUGGUGCCUUCAAUACAUUGAGUGGGUUUGAAGCGGCAGACAGACGAAAUAAUUGGCAAUAUUUUAAGCUGCUGCUCUCUGACAAGGAGUCGCUUUUGGAUGAUCUUGAUGGUGAAAAUUCUAAUCAAAAUGAUUCUGACCGCGUCACAUUGGCAAUAAGCAUUGAGGACACUGGUGUUGGGAUACCAUUGCAGGCACAAGAUCGUGUUUUCACACCUUUUAUGCAGGCUGAUAGUUCAACUUCAAGGAACUAUGGUGGUACUGGCAUUGGUUUAAGCAUCAGCAAGUGUCUAGCUGAACUUAUGGGCGGGCAGAUAAGUUUCACCAGCCGCCCUUUUGUUGGAAGUACAUUCACAUUCUCAGCUACACUGAGGCGCUCAUACAAAGAUGCUUCAGCUGAUUCAAGAAAGAGCUUGUCCGAGGCACUGCCUACUGCUUUUAAGGGAAUGAAGGCCAUCUUGGUUGAUGGGAGACCUGUACGUAGUGCUGUCACAAGAUAUCACCUUAAGAGGUUGGGAAUAAUUGUUCAAGUUGUGAACAAUAUGAGUGCGGGACUAAAAGCUUUAUCUGGACAAAAUGGAUCAACCAUUUCAAGGGAAAAAGCAACCAUGCUUUUUAUUGAGAGUGACUUCUGGAGGCCUGAGACAGAUGUUCAGUUAUUGAAUCGUCUACGUGAACACAAGAACGGUCAGUUGCCUGAUGCGCCUAAGGCGGUUCUUCUGGUCACCUCCGAAGCUGACAAGGACAAAUAUGGAUUCAUAUUUGAUAUUGUCAUGUGUAAGCCUUUAAGAGCAAGCACAAUUGCUUCAUGUAUUCAGCAGCUGCUCAAAGUAGAGAUGCCCGAAAGAAAAGAAAAUCAAAAUCGGCCGUCAUUUCUUCGUAGCUUGCUGGUUGGGAAGAACAUAUUGAUCGUAGAUGAUAAUAAGGUCAAUCUCAGAGUUGCUGCAGCUGCACUAAAAAAGUAUGGUGCUAAGGUCCAUUGUGUCGAAAGUGGCAAGGAUGCUAUCAGUCUACUUCAACCUCCACAUUGCUUCGACGCAUGUUUUAUGGAUGUUCAGAUGCCAGAGAUGGAUGGGUUUGAGGCAACCAGACAAAUAAGGCAAAUGGAGAUGAAAGCCAAUGAAGAAAGAAAGAACAAGUUGGCUUCAAUUGAAGGCUCCACAUUUGCUGAGUACCAUUUGCCUGUUCUGGCAAUGACAGCCGAUGUUAUCCAGGCAACUUAUGAAGAGUGUUUAAAAUCGGGAAUGAAUGGAUAUGUGUCAAAACCCUUCGAUGAAGAGCAACUAUACCAAGCAGUCUCCAGAUAUGUAGUGGGAACAACAGAUUCUGCUGUUUAAUGUUCAGAUCAACGUAAUGGAUUCGUCGGAAGUGAAGCAUCACCAUGUUGCUUCUGUCCAGCUGACACUAACUCUAACAAUCAUCUGACAUGGCCUCUCACAACACUAGAUGAAAAAGAUGAAAGUGCCGUGAGCUUGCUAUGCAUCACAGAUGAGCGGCAGCCCAGGGGAGUUUAGGUAUAGAUCACCUUGUAAUUCUUUUCUUUGAUGUUUAUAGGCUGUUGUAUGUGCUGACAGUUCAUUGAAAAUACCACAUCUCGUUGCAACCCCCAGUUUCAGAUUAACAUGGAAACUGAAAAAAGCGAUGCCCUUCCCUGUUGUUUC